CACUUAGGAAGAAGAAAGAAAACAAUAAAGAAAGAAGUGGGGAUGGCUGCUUUGCUGAGAGAACCUGAUGAGAGCUAAGUGCAGUCCUCCAGAGCCCUCCUGGCAAUGACUGGAUAAGGCUGUGGGCAAAGACUGAUGUUUCCCCUUGCAGUUCAGAACCAACCACCAUCCCAAUACCUCAAACAGUGCAACCAUGCUGAAAACCACAGUCAGAUGGCCGCACUGUGCGUCAUGGCCUGCACACCCCUCUGGAAAGGAAGAGGACACAGAAGGUCUGUGAUGUACCAGCAUCCACGUCACAGAAGUCAGGGUUUGUCUUCAGAGUUGCCUGAUUUACCUUGGCUUUUGGUGGACGAAAAGGUGGAAAGGGAAGGAUACAGCCUUAGCCAAGCCCAGUGAGCUAUUGGUGCCCCUCACUGCCUUAAUUUUCCUGAUGUCCAGAAACCGGAACUCCUCCUCGUUCGUCUUUCCCUGUACUAAAGUCCGGAAGGUGUCGGUGGAAAAUGCUCUGCCAAGCAGCCUGAAGGCAGUUGAAGAUCAGCUAAAGAUAUGUGGCCACAAGAGGGAUAUUGACGUCUUGGAGCUAUUCCUUUCUAAAAAGGAACUGACAGAGGUUAUUGAUCUUUCUAGAUUUAAAAAAUUAAGAUAUUUGUGGCUCCAUCACAAUAAGCUACACGGGAUAUCAUUUUUAACUCGGAACUAUUGUCUGACCGAGCUGUAUCUGAACAACAAUGCAAUAUUUGAGAUAGAAGGCCUGCAUAAUUUGCCUUCACUGAAUAUUCUCCUGUUGCACCACAAUGAGCUCACAAACAUCGAUGCUACUAUGAAGGAGCUGAAGGGGAUGCAGAAUCUGCGGAGCCUAAGUCUGUACCAAAACCCUUUAUCCCAAUAUAACCUCUACCGAUUGUAUAUAAUCUUCCACCUUCCCGGACUGGAGUUGCUUGAUCGGAAACAAAUUACAGAGAAAGAGAGAAGAUACAUGAUUACCAUUUUUGACCAUAAAAAAGCUCAUGUGAUUCAAUCAGUAGCAUUUGGAAAACGAGUGGAUGCCUCCUGGAACCCCAAGUUACCAAUAAAGCAAAAGCGGGUCAAAAAACCUCCCUCAGAUUUUGCAUUUGGGGAUAAUGUUGACAAGACACUGUUUGAUGACCCAGAAGAUGCUGUGUUUGUAAGAUCCACGAAGAGAUCCCUGAUGACGUUCACCAGCAUGAACUGGAACACCGUUCUAACACGAAGUGAAAAGUAUGACCAGAAGAAAAAGAGCUCGGCCGCUGAGAUGCUCAUGAUUUCCCUGCGGUAACGAGCACUUCCGGAAACUCCCGGUGCUGUUCGCUCACUCGUUAGAACACUCCCUCGAUUUAGCUCCGUGUACAUUUGUUGCUACCCGAAUUUUUAAAAUAGAAGAGUCAGUAGUGAAAAAUGUUUCAUAAUGUAAAAAUUGUAUAUGAGUUACCCACGUAUAAAAAAUAAAGCCAUUUUUUUCCUCCCAGCCA